UAUUGUUAGCACCACGCCAAGCUGAGCUUAGUGGCUCGCUUCCUCUUUCACCAAAAAAGCAAGAUAAAUUGCCGGUAUUUGAACAUCAUUUCAUUUAAAGUUUAGCUUGACACGAAGCUAAAUCAACGACCAAAUCAACUGGGAGCGAGACAGCCUAACAUGUCCACAAUGAAUCCCGAAUAUGAUUACUUGUUCAAGCUUCUACUUAUCGGAGACUCUGGUGUCGGAAAAUCAUGCUUGUUACUCCGGUUCGCGGAUGACACUUACACGGAAAGCUACAUCAGUACAAUUGGCGUCGACUUCAAAAUACGAACCAUAGAAUUGGACGGCAAGACAAUAAAGCUGCAAAUUUGGGAUACGGCAGGCCAAGAGAGAUUCCGAACCAUCACAUCUAGCUACUACCGCGGAGCUCACGGGAUUAUAGUCGUUUAUGAUGUUACAGACCAGGAGUCCUUUAACAAUGUCAAGCAGUGGCUACAAGAAAUUGACCGAUAUGCUUGUGAAAAUGUAAAUAAACUACUCGUUGGGAACAAGUGUGAUCUCACAACAAAGAAAGUAGUGGACUACACAACUGCAAAGGAAUAUGCAGACUCGCUUGCGAUUCCUUUCUUGGAAACAAGUGCAAAGAAUGCAACAAAUGUUGAGCAAGCCUUUAUGACAAUGGCUGCAGAAAUAAAGAAUCGAAUGGGCCCAGCACCGGCUCAACCUGGAACUAGUAAUGUCAAAAUCAAUUCUAGUACACCAGUCAAGUCCAGUGGUGGAGGAUGUUGUUAGUAAAUAGUCACAAAAACAAAAAAAAAAACAUUGGAUGCAAACCACUUGGUUUGAGUUACUUAAUACUUCUGAAAAAUAAUGAUAAGAACCUCUCCCAUUUUAUACAUCUUUUCAACUUUCAAAUUACGCAGACUUUUCAUCAUGGGAAAGGGUCUAUAAGUGGGAGUCCCGAUGAUUAAAAUGUUGAUGGUCACUGCAAUCUUACAUCAUGACAUUAUGGUGCAGCAUAUAUUAGAUGCAAAAUUUCAGAUUAUCUUUUCUUUCUAUUAUUGCUUCAAUUUAAUAAUCCUUUUGGUUUUGUUUUUUUUUGUUUUGUUUUUUUUUGAAACUCCGAUGUAGUUUUGGAUUUACUAAAGAGCAAACUGGUACCAAAGCAUUGUAUGUUAAUUGAUAACACUGGUUAGGUGUGUACAAUAGAAUUUGCUGUAUCACAAAUAAAAAAUAAAGUAUUGUUGAAUUUA